AUUUUAAACUUCCUUCAUUUCUGACCCAGAAAAAUUUAGCGACCUCAGAAAAGGACCAAGAGUUGUCGAUGAGGUGGGUGGAGGCCGCGUUCCCUGAUCUCGACUCUCGCGCCUACUUCCUGCCUCCUGUCUACGUCAACCGCGUGCCCAUGACUAGACAGGCAGCUGCUGGUCAGGAGGUUCUCGUCCUUCAGCAAGCAUCUGGGAGAGAUAAGCCUUCGCCGACUAAGUCUGCUGCUUCUCGACGUUCUGCUCGACUUCCUAUCGUACAGGACAGUGACCUCAGAGAUGACGAAGCUAUGCAACGGAUUUUCAUGUGCCUACAGACGAUGUCGGAACAAAACAGAGAAGUGAUGGUUGGAAUAAGUCAGCUUCAGUUCGGACAAUCUAAGGGUUAUCGCACUCUAUCUUGGCACUCAGCAGCGGCUGCUCUCCUUCCUGAACCCGCUGACCUUUCUCCUGAUCAAAUACAAAACAUGAAAGAGGGGGAUUUCGAUUUUCUUCUUAUUCACCGACAUUACGGUUUUGUGAUAUUUGAGGUAAAAUCAACUGGUCGUUUUAAGAUAUCACAAGAGAAUCUUAACGAGCUGAUUAGAAGGAAGAUAAGUGAUGCCAUUAAGCAGCUGAACAACGCGAAGGCCAACUUGUUACACCUGGUGAAGGACAUCGCGCCCCAUGUCCGCAUCACUAAGAUGAUCGCAGUCCCGAACCUCAAGGGUCAUCAGGUACAACAGGCUCUCUCUGGCGACCAUCAACUGGCUACAGACCUGUGUCGAUGUCUGGGUACAACAGAUUCCCCCGACAUCACUGGACUUUGCCUUUGCUCUGAUCAGUUGUCUGACCCCAAGACACCCUCUGACGUCAGUAGUCACGUGCUGAGGGAACUCGGACACUGGUGGCAGCGACGUGUGGCUGGGGCUGGACCUGACAGUCACAUGACACCUGAGUUGUACAAGAGUCUGGUAGCCAGAUUCUGUGGUCCGGCGACAAUUGUGACUGUGCCAUGCACAUCCCCUCCACGCCUGUCUGUCAAGACCCUGGGUCAGGCCGUGUCGUAUACAGGAGAGUGCUACACUGCUCAAAUAACCUUGUUCCCGGAGCAAGUUCACCUGCUCAACAUGUCACCUCCCAUACAAUUUGUGACUGGACCGCCCGGGACAGGUAAAACCGUGGUAUUGAUGCUAACUGCUAUGCAAUGGUUGGACAGUGGUCACCACGUCUACAUUGUGAGUACUUGGCUGGGGAACCGUGCAGCGUGCUUCAUGCUGUACCACCUGUUGCUGAACACUCUAAACACGUGCCGGUCAGCAGACGUACCACGUGGUCAGCCUCAUCUCCUGCUUUAUGAUUUUGAUGGCGGUAAAGACGUGGAGAACGCCGUCAACGACUUGUCACAGGCUGCGAGCGGAGAGUCGUUGUACGUCAUCGCUGAUGAAGUGGGGCUUGAGUUGGGUGAAAACAACUUCCAAAUUUUCUGUGACAAGCUGCUAGAACGAUUUCCUGAUCGUCUCCAUCUCUGGGCGGCAAGUUGUUUCCAUGGACACGCACCCGCCGACUGGCCAGUGAAAUACUUAACCAGACCCCUCCGCUCUCCGCCGUCCGUCAUCAGGGAAUAUGAGCGGGCCAGGUCUAUCACUGAGCUUGACCAUGUCCAGCCGUACAGUGAGCGAGGUGUGCCCGACCACACAGACGGCCCGCCAGUCAAACGACUAUAUCACCGAGGUCAGGGUCAGCUAGGUGACUGGCCAGGUGACUGUGUGACGUGCGGUCGUGAGGUGGCCAGCUUCCUACACAGUCUCCGUGUUGGUGCUAAAGAGAAUGUCACGAUGACAUCAGCCACCACCGUCGACACAACACCACCCUGCCUGCAGUGGAGAGACGUGCUGGUGUUGUACUGGGUUGGCGUUAAUGACAACUCAGGUGUGGUGAGAGCGCUGAGGGGAGCGGGUAUUCCAGUGCGGGUGAUGAAGAAUAAUGACGAUGACUUUGAGGACGUGGCCAAAGCCCGCAGUGACGUGGUGUGGGUGGCUCUAGGAGACCAGGUUCGUGGAUUGGAGAGAAAAAUCGUCGUCUGUUUGGAUGAUAAUGCCCGACUUCACUGCAUGUCCAGGUGUACAUCACAACUUGUGAUUAUCUCCGAUGGCGACAUACUCCAUAAGCAUGAUUCGGACUUCGACACCUGUCACCUGUCGUAGCCUUGUGUGCGUCGCUCUUGCUUAAACGCUUUUCUUCAGUUUUACAUGAUGUAAUUAUAUUUUCUUAGAGCACAAAACCCUUUCCAUGCCUCUGUUUACACAACAACUAGUGUCGCCUUCAAUAUCAUACGGCGUACAUACUGUGGCUUGUUUUACUGAGCAAGAAUAAGGUUAAUGGCUGGAGCUGACACCAUCUUGAAUAACAGGCUGUAUUCUAUUGUGCAUUAUCAUCUGAAAUAUAUGUGUUUGUGAGUCUUCGUUAUGCUGAUGUCAUUUUUAAUUU